GGGAAGUCAGUGCCUAUGGGUGAUCUAGGUUUAUUUGGUCUUAAGGACCUCUCAAGAUCUCUUCCAGCCCCAUAUUUCUAUGUUUAAAUUGUAACCACAAAGGUCUAGCAAUGUGUGACAUCUGCCACUAUAUCGGAUGCUUCAAAAAAGCAGAGGGAUGGACUUGGCCCCGUCAAGCAGUUUAAAUGAAGUUUCCAUUUCUAAGAGAUAUCUAAAGAGAUAAGAACAAACAUGUCCAUCAAAAUUAAAUUGUCCUUAGACACUUGGGACAUUGUUAUACUUUAUUUUAUUUAGGUAUUCAAGUGUUAGACACUUAAAAAUACCAAGAUACAUACAUUCCCUCCCCCACCACUUUAACCCUGAGCUAUUUCUGUAUAGUUCACCUUGCACAAGCAUACACAUAUUCAACACAUACAACUGUGUAUAACUCUGAUUGACAUGGCCCUUUCCCACAUCUUGCAUAAUAUUAUCUUAAUAAUUACAAUUAUUGAUACUGUGCUAUUGCUGUAUAAGGUGAUUGGGCACACAUAAGACAAGUUUGUAACCAAAAGAAACAAGCUGCAGCUAAGGAAAUGGGGGGAGAAGGAUGUAACAUAAAAGCAACUAGACUGACAUCUUUCUUGCUCCUUCUUUGAUUGUGGGUUUUUUUUGUACAGCCUGUUAAAUUUUGUUGGGAGCUAAAUUAGUAUUUUCAGCCCAGACAUGAGUACAGUGGACAAAUAGUGAUAUAUAGAUCUAAUGAAUCUGAUGUGUGAGACAAAGGGGACUGUACUUAAAUCCAGCAGUAGCUUGGAUUUGAUGGAGACAACACUGAAAUGGAGCCAUGGUUCCUGGGAAUGGCUUUUUCUUUAUCACCUUGGAAACCUAGCUAACGUGAAUGCAAAGUUUUUGCCCAGAGAGAGCUUUCAGACUCAUGUACAUUAACAAGGGGGCCAAUUCCUGGUGACAAAAGGAGGAAGUUUGCCUAGAGGAAAGGCAAAUAAGGGGUUUAAUUCUUCCUCUUCCCACUUAAAUCAGGCAUACACUGUUACUUUACCAGCUUGUAUGCAGCUGCUGUGCGUGUAGGGAGUGGAUCAUUAUUCCAGUCAUAGUAUCUUCUAGCUACUUCCAACACCAUUGAAAGAAAGCUUAAGAAUGAUGGAGGCAGGUGCACAGCAAGUAGCUUUUCUCUGCAAUGGUUUCCUAACAUCAGAUCAAAUCCUGCACUCUUUAGUCAAUGGGGAUUUAACCUAAGUAAAGAGUGUAGGAUUAGUCCUUGACAUAUCAUGAUACCAGCCUCCCAGCUCUGUGCACUUAGGGGCUCUUUUGUAUAGAUGACCUGCUCAAAGAUCAAAAGGGGGAUCGUUAGCUGCCUUUGUGGCACUGUCCUCCAGACUCCAGGGGGAGCAUGUUGUAGAUCUGGUCCACAUCAGGAGAGAGAAAGGAAAAUGGGUCAGCUGGGGGAAUGCAUGUUGUCCCCUCUCAGUCUCUUGGUGACCCCCAGAAAACCCUAAACAUAGCUUGGCGUUGUAUUUUCAUUUCUACAGAACCCUUCCAACUCCUUGAGUCUGGAAGCAGCUGUAACAAGGAGGCAACCUUGCAGCUGGUGGUAAGCCAGGAGAGUCCCAUUCAGCCAAUGAAGAGGUAUGGGGCCUCCCAUAGGUCCCUGGUCAUCUGUCAGGUACAGGACUGGUCCUGUGGCCUACCCUGCUGGAGGGCAGAACCUACUCUUGCUAGAACAAUGGAGGAGGACCAUUGGAUCCUUGUAACAAUUUCCUCCCCCAAGGUCUUCUUCCAUGGUAAGAAUGAUCCAGCCCUCAGCUAUGAACAAUGAAUAGGAAAAGGAUAAUGUGUUUUUCAUAUGUAACACAUUCAUUGCAAUAAGGAUCAUAAAAAGCUGAAUGUUUAUCAAGCCAUAUUUUACUUGCAUUUAUAAUCAAGACUAUAGUUAUUUUCUUAGUGGAAACAAACAGAAUUACUGGAAAUGUAAAGGGUUUUGCAGCUGUUGAGGAAAGUGACCCCUUUUGUAUAGGUUUGCCACAGCGACGGGUACUUUAACAAUGCAUGUGAUAACUACUCUGGCACUUGGCCAAACCCAGCCUGUAGAUUUGUGAGUGUAAUAGCUCAAAACCAUGCAGUACAAAUGUAUAGCACCCCAAAAUAAAAUGAUACUUUGUCCUUAAAACAGAUGCAUUAGACUUGCAAGUCAUUCUCUGCAGUGUCUGUACAGACAUCUUGAUGGGAUGAGACCGCAAACUUCACAACUGUCCCCCACAAAAUGAAAUCUUGCACCUUGCAAACUUUUGGGUCAGCACAAGGCCUAAAAAGCAUAGAAUCACUGCAAUUCCACUGUACAGGAACACACGGGCUGCAGAGUGGGAUUCUGGCUCCCUUUGGUAGCUCACAACAGGACUGUAUCAUAAAUAUUUCAACUCUAGUAACUGGUGGCCAGGUGACCUUUGUUCUUUCAUACACAUUCUUAGUAGGAAUUUUGAAACUAUGAUUUUCCAUGUAGCAUUCAAAAAAAAUUUAAAACAAUUUCCUUCAUCAAAAAAUUGCCUCUCUUCAAAGGAUCAUUAUAUUUUGGGUGGGGAGGGGAGAUAGCACAAAAUUCUUUGGACUCCUUUGUUAUGUGUUUCCAACAAGGUUUGGUGCCAUUUACAGCUCCUGUUAACAGCCUGCAACGCAAAAUGCAAGGAUAUAAAACACCAAAGCAAUAAAUGAAGUGAGUGAGGUAUAAGGGAGGUUAGACUCCUGCCUAAUAAAGAAUGAGUUAUGCUGCUGCUAUAGUACGUGACAAAAAUGCGUGUGUGGUGGGUGGGUGUUCUGUCUUGGAGGAAUUCAGUACUAAACUAGGUAGAAAUUGGUUUGUGAGUAAUCUUGGUCUCCACUGACUAUCUCUGUGCACGUUAGGAAUCCCAUUGUUGGGCACAGGACCCCAUUCAGUCAUUAGUUGGGAGGUGGUCAUUUCUGUGAAGAGCUUUAAAAAAAAAAAAAAAAAAAAAAACCUACCCACAAUGUAAAAGUCUUGAGGAAACUCACCCCCCAUUGAGCUAGUUAUUCCAGCCAAGUAAAGCAACUGAAAGGGCAAGAGAUACUAGGGGUUUCCUGACUUUGAGCUGUUUGAGGGAUCUCCAGUUCUGACUGUAGUGUGUAAGAUGCUCUUUGCUGUUUUCCUGACCGUUUCUCUGCUGACUUCUUUAACUUCAGCAAAUGACACUGACAUCGGGGAGGAAAUUCCAGUCUUAUUUACCCUGCAAGAUUCCCUGGACUCCUGCAGAGCUGAAAUCAAUGAAACCAUCAUCUGUACCAAAGACCUGAUUGAGGUGGAGAUUCCAAGUAAAUUCUUUCUAACAAAGAACCCUCCAACCCUAAUCUCUGAUUUACACCUCAAUGACCCAGAAUGCCAUGGCACUGAGACAGGAAGCUUCUACGUAUUCAGCAUUAAAACCAAUUUCACAGACUGUGGGACUAGAAUGGCUUCUGAUGGUGCACACAUUGUUUUCAUCAACACUAUACAAAGCAACUUCUCUGAUAUAAUUACAAGGACCUUUAUCAAUAUCACAUUUGCUUGCCGAUACCCUGUUAAUUACAUGGUACAACAGCCUAAGGGAGAGAAUAAAAUCAGUGUUGACAUCAGAACCAUUACACUGAACACAGAAGAUGGGAAUUUUUCUGUCUCAAUGAUGCUGUACAAGGACCCAAAUUUUGAGGAUAUGUGGACUACCGUUCCCUUUCUAACCCUAGAGGAUAACAUCUUUGUCAAAGUCAAUAUGGUCCCAGGUCAUUUAAUAAUCCAACUUGAAAACUGCUGGUCUACACCAACGAAGGAUCCUUCUCAUGCUGUUCAAUAUUCCUUUAUAGAAGAUAGCUGCCCCCAAGUUGUCAAAGAUGAAACACUGUCAGUAAUAAUGAAUGGUGGAGGUGCAGAAGCAAUGUUUAGGAUCCAGAUGUUCAAGUUUGUUGGCAUCUCUUACAAUGACAUUUUCCUACACUGCACAGUUCAGAUUUGUCACAGUACAGCAGCUGUUUGCAAGCCAAACUGUAGUAAUUAUGGAAGAAUAACGAGGAAUAAAAGAGAAACCACACCAUUUCCUACUCACACAGUCUCUUUUGGUCCCAUCAAGCGAAAGCUGGCAGAUGAUGGAGAAACUAAGAUAAAUAAAGGAAAACUUCCACCAGUUGAAACCUUGAUCCUUGGAGGAUUGCUAAUGGCAUUUUUAGUUAUAACUGGAGUCUUUGGAACACUUUUGCUUCAGUCAAGAAGAGCAUAUCCUCCUAUGCAAGCUCAGCUGACUAUGUCACAUUUUCAGAACUCAGAAGUAGCAUCAUGAUUAGCUGAUUCCCGCAUCUUACAAUAUUUGAUCCGAGUCACAGCAAGGGUCAUGAGGCCUAAUAGGGUGCCGAUCUCAGAUUAACAUUUAUUUUAUACAUGUUUAUGAUUUUUAUUUUUGAUUCAAUUGAAGGCCACAGAUUAAUGAGGUUACACUUUUCUGUUCAGCAUAAUAAACAGUACUGUUUAUUAUGGAUUGGUAA